AUGUUCCUGGGACGAUGCUUGCUCUCUUGUCUUUUCCACCUCCUGAUGCUUUCCCAGCAGCCUGCAUUGGCCCAGAAAGACCGGAAGAAAGUGGUACAUGUGUCUGAGGACGACAGCGGUGCCGUUGUGGUUCAGACAGCACCUGGGAAAGUGGUCACCCACCGCGGGGGCACCAUCAUCUUGCCUUGCCGCUUCCACUACGAUGUAUCAGCCCACGACCCUGAUGAGAUCCGCUUGAAGUGGACCAAGAUGGUGGAACCCAUGUCCUUUGAGGAUGUCUUUGUAGCCAUGGGGAAGGAGCGCAAAGCCUUUGGGAACUUCCGGGGUCGAACCACCCUGCAGGAGGACGGAUCCAGUGACGCCUCCCUCAUCAUCCGGAAUGUCACUCUUCAGGAUUACGGGCGCUACGAGUGUGAGGUGACCAACGAGCUAGAAGAUGAUGCCGGGAUGGUGAAAUUGGACCUGGAAGGGGUGAUCUUCCCCUACCACCCUCGCUUGGGGCGCUACUCGCUGAAUUUCCAUGAAGCACAGAAGGCCUGCCUAGAGCAGGACGGCAUCCUGGCCUCCUACGACCAGCUGCACGAAGCCUGGCUGGACGGACUGGAUUGGUGCAACGCUGGGUGGCUGGAAGAUGGCUCUGUCCAGUAUCCCAUCUCCAAGGCCCGGGAUGAAUGUGGACGAAAAGACACCCCAGUUGGAGUGAGGAACUACGGCUACCGGCACAAAGACCGGGAACGUUACGAUGCCUUCUGCUUUACUUCAAAUCUGAACGGCAAAGUCUUUUUCCUCAAAACCUUCCGCAAGCUCAGCUUCCCCGAAGCCGCCUUGGCCUGCAAGCGAAGCGGAGCGACGGUGGCCAAAGUGGGCCAGCUCUACGCCGCCUGGAAGAUCCAGCUCUUGGACAAAUGCGAGGCCGGCUGGGUCGGGGACGGAAGCGUCCGCUACCCCAUCGUCAACCCCAGGUCUCGCUGCGGGGGCUGGGAACCCGGUGUUCGCAACCUGGGCUUCCCCGACAAGAAAUACAAACUCUUUGGGGCCUAUUGCUUCAAAGAGGCGGGUGGGGAGAAACCCCCCAAAAAGGACAAGGAUGCUCCAGGAAGAUGGAAAGCCUUCCAUGUAUAA